AUGAAACCCAAUGUAGAUUAUCUUAUUAUGGAAGCACAAAAUAGAAUUGGUGAUAGAGCCUUUACUGAUAAAACAAUAUUUAGUGAGAAUAUUCUAGUUGACAUUGGUACUCGUUGCUCUUGUCAUCAUCAACCAGGAAAUAUAUUCCGUAGUUAUUAUAUUUUACUCAAUAAAGAUUUUAUUGAAUCUGAUUCUUAUAAUGAAUCAAAUGUGAAAAUUUGUAAUGAAAAUGGAAAUAUUAUCUCUGACGGUUUAAUUAAUACAGCAAUGAAAAUUAUCGAAGAGUUAUUAUCGAUUGUUGAAGCAUAUCGAAAAGAAGCAUCUGAUAGAUCAAUACUAGAUAUAGUCAAUGAUCAAUUGAACAAUAUUUCUGAUGAGCAAAUAAGAUGUCUUCUUAAAAUGUGUCUUAGUUGCACAAAAAUUCAUGAAAGUUCACAUUUAAAUGAACUUUCAAGUAAACAUUGUGAAAAAAGAGAAGAUGGUCUUCAAGGAUGUGAUUUAUCCAUUGCGAAUGGUUUGAAUUCAUUAGUUAGAGAUAUAGCUUCAAAAUAUAAUCUUCCGAUUGAAUUACAUUUUAUGGUAACUAAUUUGGAUAUAUUACCGGAAUCUGAUGAGCUUAGGGACGCCCAAUUUCAAGUUUAG